CCCCCGCCGGCUCUCCUCUCCAGAGGACGCCCCUGGCUUCCCUGGGGAGGGGGGCGGGGCGCAGGGCCCCUGGGCCCCCUUUGUACCGGACAGGGCCGGGCCCCCCAUUUCCAAGCGAGGUUCUGCCUCUCCCCUCUCCCCCGCUUCAGUUAAUCUUUGUUCCCCUUUUCUGCUGAGAGGAGAAAAAAAGAGAGAAAGAAAGAAAAGAAGGAAAAAAGGCGUGACUUGAUUUUCAAACGAAACUCCCACAGCAAACAAAACCCUUUUAGAGAAAUAAGAAAGGAGGAAGAAGGAAGAAAAGAGGGAAGAAACAAACAGGAGAAAGAAAACCCUUCAGGCUUUCAAUUCGAGUGGGAGAGUUGAACCGAAAGAAAGAGAAAGAAAGGAAGAAAAAUCCUCUGCGGUAGAAAGAGAAAAGAAAACUUGGGCUGACAAGAGGGGGGUGUUGGGGGUGGAAGGAAGUGAGAAAACAAAAGAGAGAUAAAAGGGCUGCUUUUCUGUUUCUCUCUUCCUCUGCGAGCUGGCUUAGGAGGAGCUGUUUUGCAUCCCUUCACGUCAGCCCUGCCUCAUUCCCUUCUUCCAGGGAGGGAGAGAGCGCGAGGGAGAGAGCGAGCGAGAGGAGGGGGGAGAGAGAGAAAGAGAGGAGCCGGAGGGAGGGCGGCAGGAGCAGGCGGCGGGCGCGCGUGGAGGCGGGCGGCGGGCGCACAGCAGCAGCCCGGGCGGUGGGCAGUCAGGAGCCCCCGGCCCGGCCCGGCCCGCCGAGGGCCCCAGCGCAGGAGCCGCGCCCGGACCAGGCGAUGCCCUCCUAGCUAGCCGUCACGGGAUGGAGGGCUUCAUGGACUCAGGGACACAGACGGACGCUGUGGUGGUGCUGUCCUUGGCUCAGGCUGCCGUGCUUGGCCUGGUCUCCGAAAAUGAGCUCUUUGGAGCUACCAUAAGCGCUGAGGCCUUCUACCCGGACCUGGGGCCCGAGCUUUCUGGAGCAGCCAUGGGAGAGCCCGGGCCACCAGGCCCCGACGUCUACCAGCUGGCCUGCAACGGGAGGGCCUUGGAGGAGCCGGCAGAGGAGGAGGUGCUGGAGGUGGAGGCAGCCUUCGAGAAGCACACCCGGCGGAAGACGCGGCCACCUGUGCGCCUGGUGCCCAAGGUCAAGUUCGAGAAGGUGGAGGAGGAGGAGCAGGAGGUCUAUGAGGUUUCUGUGCCGGGUGACGACAAGGAAGCAGGGCCAGCAGAAGCCCCGGCCGAGGCAGCCAGUGGCAGCUGCGAGGCCCUGGUGCAGAGCAGCGCCGUCAAGAUGAUCGACCUCAGCGCCUUCAGCCGCAAGCCCCGGACGCUCCGGCAUCUGCCCCGAACCCCGAGACCGGAGCUGGACGUGGCCCCGUAUGACCCUCACUUCCCGGCCCCGGCCCCGGCCCGGGAUGGCUUCCCCGAGCCCAGCAUGGCGCUGCCUGGGCCAGAGGCCUUGCCCACAGAGUGUGGGUUCGAGCCACCCCACUUGGCCCCGCUGAGUGACCCCGAGGCCCCCAGCAUGGAGUCCCCGGAGCCUGUCAAGCCGGAACAGGGCUUCGUGUGGCAGGAGGCCGGCGAGUUCGAGGCUGACGUGGCGGGUUCGACCGUGGAACGCCACAAGAAGGCCCAGCUGGAUCGGCUGGACAUCAACGUGCAGAUCGAUGACUCCUACCUGGUGGAGGCGGGCGACCGCCAGAAGCGCUGGCAGUGCCGCAUGUGCGAGAAGUCCUACACGUCCAAGUACAACCUGGUGACGCACAUCCUGGGCCACAACGGCAUCAAGCCACACUCGUGCCCACACUGUAGCAAGCUCUUCAAGCAGCCCAGCCACCUGCAGACGCACCUGCUGACGCACCAGGGCACCCGGCCCCACAAGUGCCAGGUAUGCCACAAGGCCUUCACGCAGACCAGCCACCUCAAGCGCCACAUGCUGCUGCACUCGGAGGUCAAGCCCUACAGCUGCCACUUCUGUGGCCGCGGUUUCGCCUACCCCAGCGAGCUCAAGGCCCACGAAGUGAAGCACGAGAGUGGCCGCUGCCACGUCUGCGUCGAGUGCGGCCUGGACUUCUCCACCCUGACCCAGCUCAAGCGCCACCUGGCCUCUCAUCAGGGCCCCACCCUCUACCAGUGCCUCGAGUGUGACAAGUCCUUCCACUACCGCAGCCAGUUGCAGAACCACAUGCUCAAGCACCAGAACGUGCGGCCCUUCGUGUGCACUGAAUGCGGCAUGGAGUUCAGCCAGAUCCACCACCUCAAGCAGCACUCCCUCACCCACAAGGGCGUGAAGGAGUUCAAGUGCGAGGUGUGUGGCCGGGAGUUCACCCUACAGGCAAACAUGAAGCGGCAUAUGCUGAUCCACACCAGCGUCCGGCCCUACCAGUGCCACAUCUGCUUCAAGACCUUUGUGCAGAAGCAGACCCUCAAGACCCACAUGAUUGUACACUCGCCCGUGAAGCCAUUCAAAUGCAAGGUGUGCGGGAAGUCCUUCAACCGCAUGUACAACCUGCUGGGUCACAUGCACCUGCACGCGGGCAGCAAGCCCUUCAAGUGCCCCUACUGCUCCAGCAAGUUUAAUCUCAAGGGCAACCUGAGCCGGCACAUGAAGGUCAAGCAUGGCGUCAUGGACAUCGGCCUGGACAGCCAAGACCCCAUGAUGGAGCUGACAGGCACUGACCCUUCUGAGCUCGACGGCCAGCAGGAGAUGGAAGACUUUGAGGAGAACGCCUACAGCUAUGCGAGCGUGGACAGCAGCGCCGAGGCCAGUGUCCUCACUGAACAGGCCAUGAAAGAGAUGGCCUACUACAAUGUGCUAUAGCACAAGCUGGGCCACCCCCAACGGGGACCAGGGGGGCCAGGGAAUGGGGGUGAGACCCAUGGGCUGCAGGCUGCACCUCCUGCAGCCGAGAAACAAGCUACUGCCCCACUGUUCUGAGCCCUCCCUCCCCAAGUCAUUUGCACCACUAGGGACCUUUAGACCAAAUGGAGACUGUACUACUGGCCCCGGCUGUGAGCCAGCACAGGCCCAGGCAUCCCAGCAAGGGAAGGAGAACACAUGAGGCCCAGAUCUGAGUCUCCCUGGCCUGCUUCCAUGGGGGGGUGGGAGAAGUGGGGCCACUGGGGACAGGUCACAAGGGCACAGGCCCUCGGGGUCUCUCCAGGCCCAGCAGAGCUCUUCAGGGGUCCUGACACUGGAAGAAGAGACCACUUGAGCCAUGUCUUUUUUGCGGCCGACUCCUGCCUCUAAGGAUGUCUGAGCUCCCUUCUGGCCAGUACUGCCCACCCCUCCCUUGUCCAGGCCCCCUUCCCUGCCCUGUCGACAGACUGCCAGGCAGGGCACUCUGCCUUCUACCUCCUGGGGUCUCCCACGUGCUCCUCAAGCCAGGCAUGCACGUGGCCCUGGCCCUGGCCUGCAGGACAGCUGGGGGGAGCCCAGCCCCCAGAAGACCCCUGUCCUACAUCCCUUCCUGGAAGCGGGUGUCCCUAAAGUGGACUGCAACACGUCAUCCACUUCGGCCCUAGCUGGAACGCCUCACCAGGGGGCCCCCACCAGGAACAAAGCCGGGACAGGCCCUGCGUCGGGCACACACUAACAAAACCAGAAGCAUGGGGCAGAGCAGGGCGGAGUGAGGGCACCACGGGGGACCAAGAAGGGUUGUCCUUGGGGAAGGCCCAGGACCGCCUGCGGGGGAGGGGGACCGCAGUCAUUUCUUACUCCUCAGUGUCCACCUUGCGACGGGGAUAACCACAAGUCAGCAGCUCCCCGGAAAGAGCAACGUAUUUAAAAAAGGAAAGUGAAGCCCACAGAGGGAAAUCAAGGGUUUUUUUGAGCAAAGGGGGUCUUCUGAAGGUAACUUAUUUUUUUCUUUCCAACUGUGUGUCACCUAUGACCUUUUCUGAUGGAGAUGCAUUUUCUUUUUCCAAGCAUAAGCUUCCUCGUGUGCUGCGCGUGCUUCCUACCCACCCACCCCGAGCAGCCUGGCCGGGCAGGACCGGGGCUCCAUGGGGACUGUCGCACUGGCCCUGGAGGUGCAGCCGCUGGCAGCAGCCUCAGCAGGCUGGGGUGGGAGGCAGGAGAAAGCAGAGCUGGAAAGCCCUCCACCCCUGCCUGGCUCCUGCAGUUGCUGAUUUGCUCCAUCCCAUGUCCCAUCCUCGGCUGUCAGGGCUGCUGACUCUGACAGCAGCCAAGAGCUAGCUCUCUCGCUCACCUGCUCUCUUCCCCUCUGUUCCCACGCCAGCUCCUGCCCCUGGAACCAGAGACGACAGGCCCAGGGCAGUGAAAUAUCACAUUCAGGAACUCUAGGGCACCCGGACCCCCACCCACUUGCCUCCUGAGGCCUCAGUGGGUCGUGGCAAGCAGGAGUCGUCCCCAAAGGCACAGAUGAAGCCACUAACUUCAGCCUAGAAACCCAGAGAGGGGAACAGCCUGGGGUGGGAGGAACCAGUCUGCAGCGCAGCCACCCCCAAGGCUGGAUCCUUAAGUGAAGGACCAAGCCAGGCCUCAGGGUGACUGUGAUCAGGACUGAGGAUGGACAAGGUGGCCCAAGUGUGGCUCCCAGACCCCAAGGCCCCACGACCUCCCAGGUGCCCGCCAUGAUGACCCUCAGGUGGCAGUGACCCCGUCACUGCACAAGACAUUUUCUCCUGCUGAGCAGAAGGCAUCAUCCCCUGCAACUACCUCUUCCUACAACGUCUUUCUCCCCUGGUACCAAAAAGAACCCUGUACCUCCUCCUCCUCCUCCCACCUGCCAGUGCAGUGGCCUUGGUCUUGGAAACCAAAGGGAGAAGGUCUGGCCCCCCGGGUGGGGCUCUCCUUUCCCUCCCCCAGCCCCACUGUCAGCACUGGCCCUCUGUGAGGUUCGAUACUUGAACGCCCCCUGCCCUGUGCCUUGGACCUGGGCAAAGCUAGGAGGAGGAAACAGCACAACUCACAGUUUGAGCUGGGGGGUGGUCUCGGCAAGGCUCCUGUCUGCACCCCUCCCUACCCUUCUCAAAAGAGGUGCACAGCCUCUCGGGUGACUUGGAAACUCCUGGACAAAUUCCAUUCUAACUUAUUUUGACAUGUAUACAAACCAACUGUUUAGAGAUUCCACUUGUGCAAAGCCCUACUGUGUUUUUAUGUUCCUGUUUAAAAGAGAAGUUUACUUAGCAAUAAUUAUAAAUAAAUGAAUAUUCUUUAGUGAGGUGA